AUGGAUGGCAUUCUUGACCGCUUCACCAUCGCUACCUCGUUUCCAGAGAAAGAUACUGGAGAACCCAAUGAGCAAACGUACGUUUCCCACCUCAAAGUAUGGCAAGGAGCUGGCCGUGAAGGAGAUUCGAUGCAAUGUCGAUACAUUGUCCUCUCUGAGCACCACGAUGGUUCCGCAUGUCUGCACAAAUCCAAGUUAAAUAGCAAUGGCACACUCUCUGUUGGCAAAACCUUUCGGUUGUCAGGAUUGCGAAAAGUUGUGGUGUCGAGUCCAUACCUCUUUAGCUUAAUCUUUAGCAAAACGUACAGAUGGCGAUCGGAAGCUAGAGCCGACCAAACUGAAUUCUUGGAAACCUUGAUUUCUACCUUUCGAAAGGUCACUAAAGGGCAGAUACCGCUGCAGUUGACGGGUCUCCAUGAUUGUGAGCUUUAUGAAAUGAAGACGCUGUUCGAUAUUGACGUGGAUACCCCUACAGAUGAUGUCCCGUCGCACUCAGCUCCUGAUAGCAGCCAGAUCGACGGCAAGAGCCCAUCACCUUCCAGGAAUUGCAACGAGAGUUCCUACCGCCAGAUCUCAGUUUCACAGGAUAAUUCUAUUGCAUCUAUGCAGACCAUGUUCGCUAUUUCAAGCGCACCGGUCAAUCCCGCAAAUUCCUCUUCUCUCAAGCAGGAUCCACCCAUCCAUUCUGCUUUGUGCUUUUUCUGCGACUCUCGGAUUGUUGGUGACCGAUAUCACCCUGACCACGCUUUUGUACGAAUCAAGGCAUCAGAAGAUCACAUUCGUGCCCGUCCUUCUGUGAAACAGAUGCAUAACACUACUUGCAAGGGAUGCUCUAUGUCCAUAUAUGGUUGCAGAUUCAAGUGCAUGCACCCCGAGUGUCCUGAUUACAAUCUUUGUGAAACCUGCGAAGCACUUCCGAUUCCUGUCCAUUCUGUUUUGCAUCCAAUGCUAAAGAUCAAGACACCCGGGACGUUGAUUCCUCUUGUGCGCAGCAGCAUGCACGGAAAUAUGGCCUGUGAAUCACCGUCAUUUACGUCCCCCACAGAUCGGACCACUGUUAUCCCAAAACUGGAGCUUAUCCCUAAGCUAGAAUUUGAAAGCACGGUCUUCCAAUUGCCAACGGAUACCAAUCCCUGGUCCAACUCGUUGACGAAUAAAAAUGUCACGUCCGAGCUUCCUAAGAGGAGAUCUCUGCCUGUGCCCCUGACAGUCACCAAUCUGGUCGAUCCUCUUCAAACGAGAGUUUCUUUGACAAAUGCAAACACUUUUACUGAUAUGACCAUUCCCGACAAUCCCAACUCUGUAUCCACAUCCGCGUACAACCCAAAGUCUGCUAUACCCAUGGAAAUGCGGCCAUCUUGUGCAUCUAAUCUUACUCUAACGAAGCCAUCGAAACUACCCGAACCCUUGCAGUUCAAUACUAACGAUUCAUCCAUCGCAAUUGACCAUCCAUUCAUUACCCAGUCAUCUCAGCUUGGGUGUGAAGAACUAUCUCCUUCAUUAACCAACGGUAAAGAUGGAUAUUCUCGUUCCACAGCUCAUUCGACCUCGUUGGUUGUUUCCCCUGAGGAGGAAGACGACAUUGAUUUGGUCAGUGUGUCUUCGUCCCCCAUUGACGAUGAUGACGAAGGACUGUUUCGGGAAUGUCGAAUUCAUAUUUCUCCUGAGCCUGUUCUCACUGGGCGUAUGCUCCGCGAAAGUGAAUCUGCCAAAGAUUAUGUUCUUGUGGACGAUUUUGUAUACAAACACUAA